AUGGACGAUGACGCUAUGUUAUCUACGUCGGCAUUGGAUAAUGAAAUCGGUACCAUUGAUUUAUUAACAUACGAUUACAUCAUUUUGUGUGAUAUUGCACAGGAGUUCUGCUUGUUCUAUACAUCGUCAGAAGUGUGUUAUGGAGCACUAGGAUGCUUCAGUAAUAGUUACCCGUUUACAAACGCGCGGGGAAAGUUGCCAGAGUCACCUGGAGACAUAGGUACUACGUUCUUCCUUUUCACUCGAUAUUCCUCAACGGAGUAUGUGGAACUCGCGCCAUCAACCCUUACCGAGCCCAAGCCAAUUAUACUGAUAAUUCACGGGUACGCUCAGUCUGCACAAAAGCAAUGGGUUAAGGACAUGGUCACCGAAUUACUGGAAAAUGGUGACUAUUACGUCAUUGCCGUUGAUUGGAGUAGCGGCACAGAAGAGCCUUAUUAUCUGCAAUCGGUUGCUAAUACAAGAGUUGUAGGAGCGGAAGUCGCGCAGCUUCUUAAAAAAUUGAGAGAUGAAAACGGUUUCGACCCUGCUGACAUGCACUUAAUUGGAUACAGCCUAGGUGCACAUGUAGCUGGAUACGCCGGCGAGAACUUUGAGAAUAUUGGCAGAAUAACAGGGCUAGACCCAGCUGGCCCAGCAUUUCAAUUUACUGAGCCGAGUGUUCGUUUGGACCCCACUGAUGCAAUUUUUGUAGACGUCAUCCAUACAAACGGUAAACUUCUAGCUGCUGGCAUAAAACGGUUGGUUGGCACAGUGGAUUUCUUUCCAAAUGGAGGGAGAGAUCAACCCGGAUGUCCAGUGGUUUCUGUUAAUUCUGAUAUAAUUACUGCCUUGUUUAGAGGCGCGGAUUUGCAGAAUCUGGCUAGUGACCCGUUUUGCAGCCAUCGGCGUUCAGUGGAGUUUUUCAUCGAAUCAAUCAACAGCAUAUGCCAAUUUAAAGCAUACCCAUGCCCCGACUUGUCCUCGUCAAGUUCGUGCAAUUCUUGUGCCACCGGAUGUGGAUUCAUGGGAUUUCAUGCAAGCUCUUCAAUGAAUCCGGGACAAUACUUCUUACAAACAAAUUCAAACAAACCUUACUGUAUAGUAUAGGAUGUACCAAAACGUUUUAUUAGUGUCAAAUUAGUUACUCAUUUCCUAUUCCUUAUUUCCUGUUCGCGGUAAAAUUACAACAAUUAGGCCUACUCGUUACCUAUAUAAAAGUAUUUUUCUAUCAACAGUGCAAUCUAAAACAAAAUCCAGAGAAUGAAUAUAAUGAAUGUCGAAUAAGUAACAGUUUACAUAAUCCUCGAUAUUCGCUAGAAAAUGUUCGAUUGCCUCUACAUUUUCUGUCGAUAGGACCAUGUGUAACUUGUUACAAUACAAUCUAACUAAGGUCUGUCUCACCUAAUUCUGGACCUCCGAUAAUUUAUUUAUACUGCAUGUAAAAUUGUCAAAAAUGGCAUCGUUAAUACCAGAAGGUUAAUACCUCUAGCCACCUUCUCAUUUUUUUUUUUUUUUUUUUUUUUUUUUUUUAAAUGUAAAAUGAAGUUUAAAAUCAAGAUUUUAUGUUUUUCCCAUAGACUUGCGUUGUAAAAUGACGUGACGUCCAUUCCAAGAUGGUGGCGUCCAUACAAGCGUUACAAGCGUCAUUUGGGGGUUUGCUCACAUUUGGCGACAUCUGAUCUACUUAUUGUUGAAUAACAGAAAUGGAAAAUUGAAACAAACUUUGUCCAGAACUUGUAGGAUUUACUUGCACGGAAGGCCCAGAAUUAACAUUUCACUUCUAAUUAAGCAGCUAUUUCCGUUUCAGGUUUCAGCUUUUUUUCUGAAAAUGUCUUUGUACUUAUUCGUUAGCAAUGACGUUAAAUAAAUACAACUUGAGUGAAGUGCGUAUCAUUGUUUCAGCCAUAGAUAAAAGA